AAACAGUUUGUUGCUCUGAACGAAUUUCACGAUCGCCGUUAUUGCGGAAUUGUCCGAGGAUUCAUGAUUGGUGUGACGUAUAUUCUGUGACGAAACUCACUAGUUUAAGUUAGAUUCUGUGGAUUUUAAGGAGGGUGGUGUCAAACCUCACCCAGUGCCAGGCCAAGUAGGGAACACAACUCCAGGAAAGAAGAACUCACCCGCCACAAAUUCGUCACAGUUUGGGGCUUCUUCCUCUGGAACAAGUUUGCGAAAGGGCCGAGGCAAGGGCUUAAAAGGCAGAGGUGGGCGUGGUUUAAGUGGCCGGGCAGGGCCUGUGGGUGUUGUCAGGGGCAGGACGAGAGGGAUAGCCAUCUCGACCCGGUCCACCCUUCACAGGGGACACUACUCACCUGGGGGAGGUCAAUUCAAGGACCUGCACUCCCCACACGGUCAAUUUGAGGCGGACUUUAGGACCAGAAAGCAUGACAAGUUCAGCAGGACGCAGUUUGAACCCCAGAGGGAUGCAUGGAUUCAUGGACCCCAUGAUGACAGGCGACAGAAGGAAGACAGGUGGCGCAGUCCCUCACGUUUUGAACACAACAAACAGAGACGGUCAGCCAGUGAGUCUGAUGAGACAAGGGCCACGCUGGAGGCAAUGAAGUCCAAACUAGAGAACAUGGAACGCAAACUCGCUGACAAGGGUGGCUCUAUUCUUCCGUCUAUUGAUGUCAACAAGGACCCUUUUCCUGAGAAGAAGAGAGGUCAGGGUGCGAGGGGUCAGUCAGCAGGCAGGAAAUGGGGGCGGGGUCGGGGGGCAGGUCAGCCCUUCCAGCAGUCCAAACAGCAAGGGUAUGAAUCCAAACAGCAGGGGUAUGAGUCCAAACAGCAAUGGUUCCAGUCAAAACAGCAGGGGUAUGAGUCCAAACAGCAAGGAUUCCAGUUCAAACAGCAGGGGUAUGAGUCCAAACAGCAAGGGUAUGAGUCCAAACAGCAGGGAUAUGAGUCCAAACAGCAAGGGUACAAGUCCCCCAGGCAACACAGUCCGGGUCAAAGGUUCAAACAGGAACAAGUUUCCACCAAACCAUCAAACCAGACUUUCAACUGGUCUGGCUCCAAUGACCAGGAUCUCUUGCCUGACAGACAGUGGGGUCAGCCAGCAUUGGGGAAGUUUGAACCUUCCUGGUCAUAUGAUCAUGGCCUGGUUGCGGGUGAACCCAGAGCAGCUUCAGGUCAGGGUCAGCUGGGAAGGGGUUCAGGUGGUGCUGGGAGAGAUGGGGGCAACCGUGGACGUGGAAAAGCACGCAACAAGUCCGAUGGAAAGCUGAUAAUUUCACUCUGGACUACCAGCAGGCGUCACCAAAGCGUCAGUAUUCUGAGGGAAAUUUCAAAGACGACAGCGUCCAAUACAGUGCUGUUGACCUGUGGCAGCAGGAGCGCUACCCCAACAUGCAGUACGACAAGACACUGAGUCAGGGAGAUGGGGGUCAGGGCAGGGAGCACACAUAUCCCCCCUCACCGUACCAGGACCUGGGGUUCGCUGCCCCGAACACCAGCUACUAUCAACAGUACUGAGACAUUAGUGACCAGAGAUGAUAUUCACAUUAUUACUGUGAAACCAAUAUUAUUCGUCGGGCAAUAUUUGUUGUGGAUUUUCGUGGAUCCUUUCAACCAUGAAAUCAAAAUUAAUGUCAAAUGAACGUUCAAAUCCAUCGUCUUAUAUCAGACACAAAACAAAAGUCCACAAAUGAAAACACUUUCUGCUUGUAUUGAAUUUUUCAUUUAAAGGAGCUCUCUUCCUUACAAAAAUUCAGAGUUGGCAGAAUAUGUUGUUUAAGAAAUAAUUCGUGAACGUUAUAG